AUGAGUAAGGAGGAUUACGAAAGGGAUCGUAUGCGAUGGCAGCAGAAACUGGAUGAUACUUCAAAACGCUUGGCCGAUGCCGAAAUUGUCAAUUCGGAAAUGAACCAAAUCAAGGCUGAAUUAAAUAAAAAAAUUGUUGAAAUGGAACGAAUCCAACGACCUUUAAUCGAACAAAAUCGUCGAUUAACUGAGCGAAAUCGGAUACUUCAAAAUGAAAUGAAGAACUGUGAGCAGAAAUUGUGCCAUUCACAGGAUGAUUUCCUAACUUUGAAGGAUGAUUACGAACGAUUGGUCAAAGAUAAUCAAAAUCUAAAAGAAAGAAGAGCUUUUCCUGAAAAACUGGAAGAAUUAGAUAGAUAUAGAAAUCAAGUGCUAGAGUACUCCAAAUGUAUCACUGCACUGAGGCAAGCUGGUUUGGAGAAGGAUCGCCGUUAUGAUUUGUUGGUACAAAAAUUCAAAAGGUUAAGGAAAUGUAUAUCUUCUCGAAAAAAUGGCGAAACUGAGGAGGAUAGGCAAUCAUCAUUUGGUGGAUCUGAUUGUUCCGCUGAAAGUUCCAUCUCGCUAAAUACUAUUACUGAAGACUUGAAUGAAACAUUGGAUAAAGAUAUUGAAAACGGUUAUCAGCAAAUUGCUCACGAAGGUGAACAACUUCGGCGAACGUUAUCAGUACUGAAAACGGGUGAAUAUGGGCUUGAAGAUGAUCAGCUUCUAAGGCAUCAGUUGAUUUGCGCCCAAACAACAAUUGCUCAACAACAGGUUGUCAUCGAGCAGCAACAAUUACAAUCGGAAAAUACGAUGGAAUUGUUGGAUAGCAUCGCUAGAUUGCAAGAUCAGGUCAUGGAACAACGCUCCAAAAUGGAAAGCAUGGAAGCAGAAUUAAUCGAGUCUAAAGAAAUGAACGAAUUAUUGGAAUUUCAGAUUCUAGAGAAUAAAGAAAAUAUGGAGCAUGAAUAUGAGGAACGACAGACAUUGAAAGAGUCGGUAAGCAAAGAUACAAUGACGGAUUCGUGGAUCACUGAAGAAGAUGAGUGCACGUUUCUUAGUGAAAUACCAUCCAUACCAGAUUUUGGAGAAGUUUGCAAUCGGAAAUGUGAACUGAUCAGUUUACGUCGAUCAGCAUCAUUAAAUAUGAAACAAAGAGAGUUGGUGCAACAAAUGCUCACCUAUAUCGAACAUUUGGAAGAUCAACUGCUACAUCUCAAAAUAGAUACAGAGCAGAAAAUGUGUCAGUUUGCUUUGAAAGAAACUGAAAAUGCGACAAAAAUACACGAUCUCAAAGAACAAAUUGAGCAAUCAUACUCAAAACAAAAAAUGAAAAAUGAUUUACACAUAGAAGUAGAAAGAUUGCGUAAACGAGAAAUUGAACUUGAAUCAGAGAAGCAAAUGCUGAAUGGUGAAGUGAAUAGAAUGUCCAAAGAAAUGGGUAAGUUACGGUAUCUUCUGCAACAGAAGGAUGAGCAGCUGAGUUUGCAAGGCGAAAAAACUUCUGAGCAAGAAAGUCGGAUCGCUGAGAUGAAAACUCAGAUGCAGUGCUGCACAGAUGAAACUAAUGAGUUACGCGGUCAGAUACGAAAGUGCACGAAAUCCUUACAGCAGUUCGAGGAAAUUCUGGCAAAGAAGGAAAGCGAAAUGAAAGUGCUGGAAAAAGAACACGCUAGGUUACAGGCGGAGCAUGGUACCGCUCUGGAUGAAAUACAGCGAUUGAAGGAUGAUAUAAGGCCUGCAGUAAAAACAGAUUUGGAACGACGUUUUGAAGAAUAUCGCUAUCGCCUUUCAUGCGCUUUAAAAACGGUUCACGAAUACGAAGACGAAAUUUCAAAGCUAACAAGUCGUGUGGCUAAAUUGGAAUCAGAAAUGAUGGAAUUAGAGCAAAUUCGUGAGUACAGCGAACAACUUGAAGAACAAUUUACGGCACAGGUUGGAAUCAUCGAUAAAUUGAAGCAGAAAAUUAUGCAGCAAAAAGUGUUGACUGACUUUUUGUGGAGCAUGACAGAAACUGAUGAAUUAAGCUUCGCAAAAGUGGAAGAGAAACUAACCGGAUUUAAAUUAUCACAACAGGAUGAAGUGGAUUGCCAGUUGACAGAUGCUCUCCAGAAGCUAUUAAGGCUUAUGUCAAACUAA